AAGUGCAGCAGGCUGCGUUCUUCACAAACGUGAACGCAGGAGACAGAAACAACAUAGAAGCUGCAGGUUCACAGACAGGAUGGAUUUAACAUCACACAACAAUGCCUCCGACAACACAGAGGCCAGCACUAACAAGGACUACAACCAAUCAGAAUGCAUCUUGAACCAGCCAAAAGCCAAUGGGACACUUCCACAUCACAGCACAGGGGAGGCUCCUCCCCCUCUGUCUGAUAGGCUGCAGGACACUGACAACAGUGAUGAGUCUUUGACGGACAGCUCCUCUACCAACGACGUCUCUCGACUUCUGCCAGCUCACUGGAAACAGAAAGAUGAGACCAGCUCAUCAGAGGCUCCUGUCUGUACCCCUCCACAGUCCACAUGUCCUUCUCUUCCACCUUCUCGAUCCUCCACUUCUAACAGACAUCAUCAUCAGAGCACCAAUCACAAGCGGUUAUCUUCCACAAAAAGCCAUGCCUCCUUCAAGACAGAUGCCGCCCAAAUUAAGGAAGUUGCUGGAGAUGACUGCUGUGUCCACUGCCUGCUGGCCUGUCUGUUCUGCGAGAUGCUGUCCAUGUGUUCGGCCCUGGGGGAGUGCAUGGCGUGCGGAGUGGGCGUGACCGGCUGCUGCGAGGCCUCGGACGGCUGCUGCUGCUGUGUGGAGGCGGCGGGGGAGGCGGCCUGCACGGAGGAGGCCUGUCAGGCGGCGCUGGACUGCGGUCUUCUGGAGGACUGCUGCUGCUCGUCCGACUGCAUGGAGAUCUGUCUGGAAUGCUGCUCCAUCUGCUUUCCUUCAUGAAGCGGCCAACAGAGAAGGACGACCAAGUGAUGUCACAGCUGAACACAGAGGGUUGUUGUGGACCGUCCCAGUCUGGUCCGGUUCUGGUAGUUCUCAGACACGAGUUCUGCAGUCACCAGAGAUUCUGAUUAUUUAUGAAAAGUCUGAGGACGUGUUUUGAUAAAGUCGUCGGAACAUUUCUCAACACCUGUUUUAAAAAAGUCGUGGGAACGUCUCUGAGUACGUGUUUUUUUAAUAAAGACUUGGGAACGUUUCUCGACACGUUUUUUAAAAAGUCCUGGGAACGUCUCUGAGGACGUGUUUUAAUAAAGAGUUGGAAACAUUUCUCAACAUAUGUUUUAAUAAAGUCGUGGGAACAUCUCUGAGUACGUGUUUUGAUAAACUUGUGGGAAUGUCUUUGAAGAUGUGUUUUAAUAAAUUUGUGGGAACUUCUCUGAGGACGUGUUUUAAUAAAGUCGUGGGAACGUUUCACAACACGUGUUUUUAAAAAAGUCCUGAGAACGUCUCUAAGUACGUGUUUUGAUAAAGUCGUGGGAACAUUUCACAACAAAUGUUAUUUAAAAAAGUCGCAGGAACGUCUCUGAGUACGUGUUUUGAUAAAGUCAUGGGAACGUUUCUCAACACUUGUUUCAAUAAAGUCAUGGGAACGUUUCUCAACACUUGUUUCAAUAAAGUCAUGGGAACGUUUCUCAACACUUGUUUCAAUAAAGUCAUGGGAACGUUUCUCAACACUUGUUUCAAUAAAGUCAUGGGAACGUUUCUCAACACUUGUUUCAAUAAAGUCAUGGGAACGUUUCUCAACACUUGUUUCAAUAAAGUCGUGGGAACAUUUCUCACCACAUGUUUUAAUAAAGUUGUGGGAACGUUUCACAACACGUGUUUUUAAAAAAUUCCUGAGAACGUCUCUAAGUACGUGUUUUGAUAAAGUCGUGGGAACAUUUCACAACAAAUGUUAUUUAAAAAAGUCGCGGGAACGUCUCUGAGUACGUGUUUUGAUAAAGUCAUGGGAACGUUUCUCAACACUUGUUUCAAUAAAGUCAUGGGAACGUUUCUCAACACUUGUUUCAAUAAAGUCGUGGGAACAUUUCUCACCACAUGUUUUAAUAAAGUUGUGGGAAAGUCUCUGAGGAUGUGCUUUAAUAAAGUUGUGGGAAUGUCUUUGAGGACGUGUUUUAAUAAAUUUGUGGGAACUUUUCUGAGUACGUGUUUUGAUAAAGUCGUGGGAAUGUUUCACAACACAUGUUUUAAUAAAGUCGUGGGAACAUUUCUCAACACAUGUUUUAAUAAAGUUGUGGGAACGUCUCUGAGGAUGUGCUUUAAUAAAGUUGUGGA